AAUUACUCGCUAUUGGACCAAUGUGUAGAUAUGCGCAAGAUUUGUCGUUAACUCUUAAAAUCAUCGCAGAUAAGAAUGCUGAUUUAUUGAAGUUAAAUCAGAAAGUAGAUAUUUCGCGAAUCAAGCUUUAUUAUAUGGAGGAUGACGGUGGCCAGUAUCUAAUUUCACCAGUGGAUCCAGAAAUAAAGGACGCUAUGAGAAGAGUAUUGAAUUAUUUCGAAAAAGCGCACAAAAUUAAAGCUACGAAAUUAAGUAUAAAAAAAUUAAAGAAAAGCACGGCUCUCUGGUUAGCGAACAUGACGUGUAAGGACGACAAAGACUUUUCGUACGAGCUAACCAAUAGGAAAGGUCAUCUUAACAUCUGGUUGGAAUUCAUUAAGUGGAUGCUUUUCAUGAGUAAUCAUACUUUCGUUGCUCUUUUCACUGCCACAUUCGAAAAAUUUGGCUUAAAACAUGGAAGUGAAAAGCAUGUUCGGCUUAUACAACAAAGUAAAGAUCUUUAUCAAGAAUUUAAGGAUAUUUUAGGAGAGGAUGGUGUAUUUUUAUAUCCAACGCAUCCAACUGCAGCUCCAAUGCACCAUGAACCGUUGUGUAAACCGUUCAACUUUUCUUACACUGCAAUUAUUAAUGUGUUAGGCCUACCAGCCACGGCAUGUCCGUUAGGUUUAAAUAAGCAAGGACUUCCCAUUGGAAUACAGGUUGUAGCAGGGCUUUUUCAAGAUCGAUUAACUCUUGCUAUUGCGGAAGAAUUGGAACGAGGUUUCGGAGGAUGGGUACCUCCGGCAAUAGUAGCUUGACGUCAAUACUGUCAUAGACAAUAAUUCUAUGAACGAAUGACAUAUGCAUAAAGCCUCAUCUUACCGAACCCUGCCAUCUUUCUCUUGCAAAGUAUUGUACUAUUUAUAUGAAAAAUUAUGUAAGCAAAUACUAUGGGAGGUAAAGUACAAACUUA